UUCGAAUCGGAAAUCCAAUAGUGUUUGUUCCAAAACGAAAUCCGAAUUCCAAUUCGCUUUUUUAGAGUAAGAAAAACGAGACAAGAGAGAGAGAGAGAGGGAGAGAGAUCUCGACAAUCGAGGCGAGAAGAUUUUGAAAUCAGAGACAGCGAAGAGCAAAUCAUAGUGAAGUAGAGAUGACGUUGGCUGAAAGGUUCUUUUGAUUUCAUUUGAAUCCAAUUGAUACAAGUAAUUUCCUCAGACUGAGACACAUUGCGAGGGAAGUUUCAGAAGAGAGCGGCGGUAGAUUUAGGGUUAGGGUAAUUUUGUUUCAAAUUCUGAGAGAAGAGGACUAGGUUUACAGUUAGGGUUUUUGGUUUGCGUUUUUAUUGAAAAAUGACCGACGUGAUACUGCACAUAUACGACGUCACGAAUAGCGGAUCAGAUAAGACCAACAAUACAAUCGUUAAUAUCAACAAGAUCUUCAAGGAUGGAAUUGGUCUUGGCGGUAUCUUCCAUAGCGCUGUUCAGGUUUAUGGAGAUGAUGAAUGGUCCUUUGGGUUUUGCGAGCAAGGAACUGGAGUUUUCAGUUGCCCUUCUGGACAGAAUCCAAUGUACACAUAUCGUGAAAGUAUUAACCUUGGUACAACGAACUGUUCAAUUUUCAAGGUGAAUCAGAUUUUAAGAGAACUUAGUAGAGAGUGGCCUGGAUGUUCAUAUGACUUGCUAUCAAGAAACUGUAACCACUUCUGUGAUCAGUUCUGUGAGAUGCUCAAUGUAUCAAAGCUUCCAGGCUGGGUUAACCGGUUUGCCAACGCUGGUGAUGCUGCAUUGGAGGUAGCUGGAAACACAGCAGUCCGGUUUAGACAAGCAAAGACAGAGAUCAUAUCGGCAAGCAAAGUGGCUUACCGUUUUCUCCUUGGGGCCACAAACAAUGUCAUAUCUGCUCCAGAGUCUACUAGCAAUUCAAAUAGUGGUACUUCUAGAUUUCAAGCUGCAUGGUUUAAGAAUCUUAUUACUACUGGCGCCAAACCAUCGAGUAGUUCAGAAAUAGAGAAUCGAGUUGAAGAUGCUCAGCAACAACGCAGAGCAAAUGAAGAGACACCAAUAUUGCUCAACUCGCGAUCUCAACAUGAUAUGUGAAAAUGUUGUUUUGCACAAUUGUUAGGUAUGAGUGGGAAUCCUGUUGAUGAACUUAGGUUUAUUUGUUUGAUUAAGUGUAAAAUUUCAUUUUUAUUACUGAAAUAUAUAAAUUUGUGUGCGUUUGUGGCGCGGCCCUUUCUUUUGCAUCUGAUGAUCUUCUGUGCAGUGAAACCUGCAAGUCAUUAGAUCCUAAGUGGGCGAAAGGUGCAGGUGCAAGUUGAUCUUACAGAUAA